AUGUUUUACACAACCGGGCCCUCGUCGAGCAAUGCGAGCCUCGUCUUUCUCCACUCCAAGCGGCUUCUCUACGGCGACAAGGACCUCUUCCGGUUCGCUUGGCUCAACACGUCGACGCCGUACCACUUUAUCCUCGAGCCGCCGGCGUUCGCGGGCGUGUACCGCUGGUGGCUCACCAAGUUUUGCGGCCUCAGCAUCAUCCAGUUCGACAUGUCCGGUCGCAUGACGUUCCUCCACCGCAACAUGGCCAAGCUCAAUGGCGACCCGCGUCAAGUGCCGGUCCUCCGUGAUAUUGCGCGCUUCAACACGACAACGUACAAUGCGAGUGAGCACUACAAGGUCGAGUGCAAGGGCCGACAGCUCGGCGGCAAGCUCUGCUGGGGCUUCAAGUGGCCUUUUGUCCCUUAUGAUGUGACACCGAUGGGCGACGACCACCGGAUUCGGCGCGUCGAAGCCCAAGUGCUGCGGUUUGCGAUCGACGCCGGCACGCUCGGGCGGCUGCACCAUCUGUACGACAACGACCCGCCGAGCGGGUGGUACCAGCUCGACUUGGUCCUCGGGCUUGGCACGCUCUCGGUUGUCGCGUCGUUUGCGUACCGCUGGGUCGGGUGUCGCCGGCCGCUGGGGCCCAUCGCGCCAUCGGCCGCGGCCAUGGAGGCCUUCCGCGCCGUCAAGAUGAAGCGCCAGUUCCGCUACGUCUUCUUCCGCAUCGACGGCGCGUCGAUCGAGGUCGACAAGUCGGCGCCACCGGCCGCGACGGCCGCGGACCUCUGCGUGGCGCUGCCGCAUGCCGACUGCCGAUAUGUCAUCUACGACCACGAGGCGACGCUGCCCGAUGGGCGCAAGACGUCGAAGCUCUACUUUAUUCUCUGGGCGCCGGCGACCUCCAACCCGCAGGCCAAGAUGGCGUAUUCGUACGCCAAGGGCAACUUCCGCGGCCAAUGCGACGGCUGCUUUGACUUGAACGCGAGCUCAGCGCGCGACGUGGAGUUGGGCGUGGGUCUCGUCUCGGCCGACGACGACGACUCGGAGAGCGACUUUGAGUAG